AUUCAUUUAUCUGACAGAAACCCCAUGACUGAGAAGACGACAGUCAUAUUCACCUGGAGUUUAGAGGUGUCAACAUCAACGGCUACAGACUCAAACAUUGGAUCUCCUGAAAACUGUUAUUCAUGACAUGUCAGUUGUAUUUAAAGAAGUGAAGACAUGAUGAAUGGAGAAACCAAGAUUCGUGCCCUCUCAGAGACUGUAACUUUGGAGGACACCGAAAAAAGAGGGGUCGUAGUCACAGGGAUCACAAAUCCAACAAUCAACCUGAGGGAAGGAGAUCAGCUUGUUGCUGCAACCGUUCAUCUAGACCACCUCAGUAAAGAUGAAGUGUUAAAACUGAUCAGAAUACUCGAGCCCUAUGACAAGAAUCUAGAACUCAAGACGGCAAAAGAUCUGAAAGCAGGACUGUCUCUUGGUGACCUUCAAAUGAACAGUGAUGCAGGACUGCAAGCACCAGGUGUUCAGGUUAAUGGGCUGAAUGGACACAUAAAUGCCCCAAGCCUUAAAAGUGGUAUCUCAACCCCAACAGUAAAUGCAGAUAUGCCACAUAUUGAGCUAAAGGAUGCCAAGAAUAGCUUCAGCCACCCUGGGUUAAAAAAACCAACUUUUGGCUUGUCUGCACCAAAUCUCAAAGGAGCAGGUCUGGAUGGUACAUUAGAAGCACCUGAUGUUAGUGUCUCUACCCCUAUGCUAAACACCCCAGAUGCGUCUCUUAAUGUGGACAAACCUGAACUGAAGGCCAAAAGACCCAAGAUCAAAAUGCCUACUUUCAGUCUACCUGGUAAAAAACCAAAGGUUGAUGGUGAUGUGAAUCUAUCCACCCCAGACAUAAAUGCUGACCUAAAAACCCCUGAUCUGAAUCUGUCAGCCCCAAAGAUUAAUGGAGAAAUUGGUACCCCUAAAUUAGACAUGACUUUGCCAAAAGCUGAGCUCAGUGAUCCAAACCUGGACAUCAAAACUCCAAAAGCUAAUAUUGAAGCUCCUUCUGGCAAAAUUAAAUUUCCUAAGUUAAAGAAAGCAAAAACUACAAAAGUAAAAGUACCAGAAGCAAGUGUUGAUGCUAAUCUUUCUGCUCCAAAAUUAAAUGCAGAUAUCAGUACACCAGAUGUUGACAUUGAUCUACCAAGAGCCAACCUUGAAGCUCCAGAUGUAGAUAUUAAAACUCAUGGUGUUGAUAUAAAUGCUCCCUCUGGGAAAUUGAAGUGGCCAACAUUUAAGAAAUCCACAUUUGGGCAGAAGGUAAAAGCACCAGAGGUUGGCUUAGAUGCCAAUGCUUCAACACCUGAUUUAAAUCUCACAGCGCCAAAGAUAGAUGGAGAUAUCAGCAUCCCAAAAGCAGAUGUCAAAUUACAGAGUGCUGAUGUUAAUGUAAAAGCACCUGAUGUAGAUAUUAAUGCUCCGACUGCAAAGCACAAGUUCUCAACUCUUAAAAUGCCAAAGCUAAACUUGCAUAAAUCAAAGCUGAAAACUCCAGAUCUAAAUGCAGGGGUACAAGCACCAGACUUGAACAUGUCAGCUCCUCAGGUAGAUGUUAAUCUGCCAAAAACUGCACUGGAAGGACCGAAUCUAGAUGUCAAGGCACCAAACCUCAACCUCUCUGCAGCAGAUCUAGACAUUAAAGCUCCAGCUGCAGAUUUGACAACACCAGAUAUUGACAUAGAAGCUCCAUCUGCAAAAUUCAAGAAGCCCCAUGUUAAACUGCCUAAAAUUAAUCUAUCUGGGCCAAAAAUGAAAGGUUCAGAUGUAGACCUCAACGCACAGGCAGAUCUCCAUGGACCGGACCUAGACCUGAAAGCUCCAGAUCUCAGUCUUUCAGCACCCAAAGUGGAUGGCAAACUUAAUGCUCCAGAUGUGGAUCUGAAUUUGCCCAAUGCUAAUGUCAAAUGCCCAAAUGUAAACACUGAAGUCCCAGACAUUGACAUUAAUGUCCCCUCUAGCAAAGCCAAGGUACCUCACUUCAACAUGCCUAAAUUUGGUCUUUCUGGACCUCGGAUUAAAACACCAAAAUUAGACGCACCUGAUGGGGAUGUGAACAUGCCCACAGCAGAACUCAAAGCACCUAAAGUAGAUGUUAAAGCACCUGAUCUUAGUGUUUCAACACCUAAAGUUAAAGGUGACAUUUCAGCUCCUUCUUUAAAUGUUGGUUUACCAAAAGCAGACUUAAAUGCUCCACGUGCAAACAUUGGGGGGAACCUAAAGUCACCAAAUCUCAAUCUCUCCACCCCAGAUGUAGACCUAGACUUGCCAAAAGCAGAGCUUGAAGGACCUGAUGCUAACCUUAAAGUCCCAGACGUUGACAUUAAUGCCCAAUCUGCAACAUUUAAGAUGCCACAUUUCAAUUUGCCAAAACUGAAUUUGACAGGGCCAAAAGUAAAAGGACCUGAGCUGGAUGCUAAUGCAGAUCUAGAUCUCUCAGUUCCCAAACUCGAAGGAAAAUUAAAUUCACCUAGUGUUGACUUAAAUCUUCCCAAAGCUAAAGUCAGUGUGCCUGAUGUUAAUGCAACUUUACCAAAAGCUGAGGUUGGCGUUCCCGAAGUAGAGAUCAAAUCGCCAGACUUAGAGACUCCGUCUGGAAAGCUGAAAUUGAUUACAUUUAAGAAACCAAAAGCAGACCUUUCUGGUCCAAAACUGAACACACCUGAGGUUGACUUAAAUGCAGCAAUUCCUGAUCUCAGCCUCUCAGCUCCAACAGUUGAUGCAGAUGUCAAAGUGCCAGAAGCUGAUAUUAACCUUCCCAAAGCAGACAUUGACAUCAAUGCUCCCAAAGGAAAAAUGAAAUUCCCAACGCUCAAAAAGUUUAAUUUGUCCAGUCCAAAAGUCAAAUCUCCUGAUGUUGACUUUUCUGCUGAUGUAAAUGGACCAGACCUUAACCUGUCUGCACCCGAGGUUGGUACUCCUGAUCUUGACGUGAGUCUACCAAAAGCUGGGGUUGAUCUUGAUGUCCCCACAGCAGAUGUUGACAUCAAUGCUCCAAAAGGAAAGUUGAAAUUCCCAACACUCAAAAAGUUUAACUUGUCCAGUCCAAAAGUCAAAUCUCCUGAUGUUGACAUUUCUGCUGAUGUAAAUGGACCAGACCUUAACCUAUCUGCACCCGAGGUUGAUACUCCUGACCUUGAUGUGAGUCUACCAAAAGCUGGGCUUGAUCUUGAUGUCCCCACAGCAGACGUUGACAUUAAUGCUCCAAAAGGAAAGUUGAAAUUCCCAACACUCAAAAAGUUUAACUUGUCCAGUCCAAAAGUCAAAUCUCCUGAUGUUGACAUUUCUGCUGAUGUAAAUGGACCGGACCUUAAUCUAUCUUCACCCAAGGUUGGUGCUCCUGAUCUUGAUUUGAGUCUACCAAAAGCUGGGCUUGAUCUUGAUGUCCCCACAGCAGAUGUUGACAUCAAUGCUCCAAAAGGAAAGCUGAAAUUCCCAACACUCAAAAAGUUUAACUUGUCUAGUCCAAAAGUCAAAUCUCCUGAUGUUGACAUUUCUGCUGAUGUAAAUGGACCAGACCUUAAUCUAUCUUCACCCAAGGUUGGUACUCCUGAUCUUGAUGUGAGUCUACCAAAAGCUGGGCUUGAUCUUGAUGUCCCCACAGCAGAUGUUGACAUCAAUGCUCCAAAAGGAAAGAUGAAAUUCCCAACACUCAAAAAGUUUAACUUGUCUAGUCCAAAAAUCAAAUCUCCUGAUGUUGACAUUGACGCUGAUGUAAGUGGACCAGAUCUGAACUUAUCUGCAUCUGGGGUUGGUACUCCUGAUGUUGACAUGAGUCUACCAAUGGUUGAUGGAGAUGUUCCAGGCAUCAAUGCUGAAGUGGAGGGCUCCAAGCGUAAGGUCAAAUGGCCCUUCAAAUGGAGAAAAUCUACUGAAUUAAAGGAUGCAGAUAUAAACAUUAAAGCACCAGAAGAAGAUGGUACCACUGCAGAAAUUAAACUCCCCAAAAAAAUACCAGUGUUCAAGUCUCACCGUCUACCUGACACAAAUAUUGACACUAUCUUACAAGAACUCACUGGAGCGGUUGACCUCAGUACUGACCCUAUAAAAACAACUAAUGACGCAGUUGUCUCUGUCUCCUCAGUCAAGACAAAUCUUAAAGCCUCUUCUCCAUCUGUUGGGGUCAAUGGACAGACAGCUAGUGUAGAUAUCCGGGAAAGGCUAAGAUUGUCUAAUGCACGUACUACAAGCACAGAUUUUGGAAUAUCCUCAGAACCAGACAGCCCUUCUAAAGUGAAUAGAGGAACAUUUAAAGUCUCUAAACCUGAUACUGAUAAGGACUACCCAGUAAUUGAUACAACAAGCAAUGAAGAUGAUGCCAAGAUUGCCCUCAGUUUGAACAACAUGCUUGGUUUGUCAACAGAUUAAACCUUAAAUAAAACCAAGAGCCUUGUUAGUGUGGUUUCACACCCACUGUAUAGUGCAUAUGUAAAAUAACGUUAAAAAAAAAAAAAUAAUAAUAAAAAUUCACCUCCUACUGUUUACUUUUAAAAUGGGUAGAGUAUUUGCAGAGAAGAAUUACAGAAUUUGACAGAGAUGUACUUAUUUUUAUAUUCAAUUAUAUACAUAAUUGUAUAAAGUUCUCUUUAAAUGUGCAAUGAUUUUAUCUUCUCAGAACUUUUACAAGAAAAUGAAGGAAACUAUGCUGAAUCUCUAAUUCGGUCUUAUUUGUCACCAUUUUGUAUGUAAAAAUAUAUAAUAUAUAGUUUUUUUUGUUUACACUUGUUUCCAGUUAUAUACAUCCAUAUAUAUUUGUCAGUAUUGCAAAAUGGAAAAAGUAAAAUAAAAUAAGUCCACUUUUUACGUCUAUUAAAUAUCACGUGUCUUUCUGUGCGUUUCAUGAAGCAUGUAAAAUCUCACAAAUCUCUUACUUUAAUAAAAAAAAGUUUAUGAUUUGA